UCAGUGCGUAAGUUGCAAAACCACACUGUAUAUUUAACUGCGACGAGUUUGAUACACAAACAUUUGGUUAACUGGCGAUAUCUUUAGCUAAAAUUUUAAUACAAGCUACAGAAUUUAUAGAUUAAUGGGCCAUUUUAAAUAAACUGCCGCUGUUUCUGGCUAUCGCAAUUCAGUCGUCGUAAUAAUGAGUGUAUUUUUUGUGGAUGACGCUUUAUUUGCGUUUGAUUCACAUCUUUAUAUUUAAAACAAUUAUUUUGCCAUGUAUUCGUCUCAUAAAUUAUGGAAGAUAAUGCUGAUGGCAGUGAAGAAGAAAAAUUGUUUUAUGGUACAGUUCGCGAAUAUACGAUAUUUUUGUUGACCUUUAUUGUUCUUUAUUUGGUGUCUUACUGUUUAAUAAAUGUAUUUCGACAACAGCGGGAUAUGAAUUCUGUAGAUUUUGAAGAUGCUUGGGUGUAUCGAAUUUCAUUGUGGUUAUGUACGUUUACUUUGAGUGUGUCAAUUGGUGCUGCAUUUCUGUUACCUAUAUCAAUCGUGAGCAACGAGUUUAUGUUGAUGUAUCAAAGCAGUUAUUAUGUAAAAUGGUUGAACAGUUCUCUUAUUCAUGGCUUUUGGAACUUAAUUUUUCUGGGAUCCUAUCUUUCUUUGUUUGUUGCUAUACCAUUUGCAUAUUUUUUCAUCGAGUCCGAAGGAUUUGCUGGAUCAAAGAAGGGUAUAAAAGCAAGAAUUUAUGAGACGUUUGUUGUUCUUGCUUUACUCGUCAUUGUUGUAACCAGUAUCGUUUGGGUUGGAUUAAGCAUUGUAAACAGUGUGUACAUUUUUCGUCCCAUCAAUGAAGACAAUUUAUGGUUGCCUUAUUUACCGUUCAUUUAUUCUUGUAUUUCAUGUAUUGGUGUUUUUUCUCUACUCAUGUUAACUCCGGUUGGACUGACUCGAAUGUUUACUGUACUUGAAAAAUAUGUAGUGAAACCACAGUUUCUUAGUGAUGUUGAUGAAGAAUUGUAUAUUAUACAAAUGGAGAAGCAAAUCAUCAAUAAAAAAUUGGAUCAAAGUGCUCGAAGACGUUCGGCAGGCAAUCAUCCGAAAGGUUCAGAAAGCCCGCCGAUGAAUGGUGGUAGGGCAAGAAUUGACCAAGAGGAAUCAUUUAAACAAUUACAUGAAAUGGACAAAGAGGAGAAAAAGCUAGAACGUCGCCGUGAUGCUUCAUCUUGGCAAAGAAAUUUGGUUUAUCCAUUAUGUUUUCUUGUUUUAUUACUUCUUACAGCAAUUUCCAUGGCGAUGGUUGCUUUGAAUUUUUUUAGCUUGCUGCUUAUGGACGAAGCGUUACCCGUGAAAGCCUCUGAAGUUGUAAUUGGAAAAGUGUCUUCUUCUACAAUGGGAAAAUUUGGAGCCGUUUUAGAGAUAAUACUUAUAUUCUAUCUGAUGGUUGCUUCGGUGAUAGGAAUAUAUACAAGUCCAUGGUUUGUCAAUCUUACGCCUCUUGUUAACAACACUCCUAUGACUCAGGUCAUAGCGAAUUGUAUAGUACUACUUGUACUAAGUUCGGCCCUUCCUGUUUUAGCAAGAAUGUUAGGAAUUACGUCUUUCGAUUUACUGGGGGAAUUUGGUCGCUUCGAUUGGCUUGGAAAUUUGUACCUACUUCUACUAUACAACUUAUGGUUUGAAGUUGCAACGGCUCUUUGCUUGAUGAGAAAGUUUACGUCGACUGUGCGCGAAGCACUUUUUGAACGAUUUAGAAAACCAUGGAAAACACUCAAGUCUCUUGUUUAAAUAUUUACGUAGGCUUUGAAAAUCUUUAAGUAAUAGUAUAAGAAGUAAUUUAUAUGUAUAUAUCAAAUAAAUAUAGGUCCAAUACAGGCA